GUCGCGAGCAGGAUUUCCGGUGGCAUCGGAUUUCUGUACGUCGCGUGGUCCUGUGCCGUGGUGUCGUUUGCCGAUGACGAGGUGAUUCCAUGAGUAAGAAAUUUCAUCAAGUAUCAGUAUGACGGAUGACGUAGUUGUGUUGGACGAUCCUGUCCAUAAAGAGGAAAUAGCGCACUUCCAAGCACCGGCGAUCCAGCACAAUCCGAACGGUUGGGGUCCGUGUGAACUGCCAGAUCAAUUUAAGGACAUUCCUUAUCAGCCAUUUUCGAAAGGCGAUAGACUGGGCAAGAUCUCCGACUGGACCUCGCCGGCUUUUCCAGACAAAAAGUUUUCAAACAAAUAUACAUCGCAGUUUGGUUGCGGCAGUCAAUAUGCUUAUUACCACGAUGAGGACGAAACGAGCUUCCACUUGGUGGACACUACUCGUGUGCAGAAGCCACCGUAUCAACGUGGCCGUUUCCGUCACAACCAGCGCAACAUGCGCGGUCGCGGUGGCCAACGUGGUGCGUUGAGCCAGAUGCAACAAUUGGGGAAGCUGAAGCUGCGUGAACGAGAGCGUAAGGGACAAACGAAACGCUGGGGUAGACAGCAGGGUUUGCGUAAUCACAAGAAUCAGCCGCCCAUUAAGAUACGAGAUGCCUCUGUGACUGUCCGACCGGAUUGGAUAACCAUCGAGGAGAUGGACUUCCCACGUCUGGCGAAACUCUCGCUGCCUGGCGUGAAAGAUGGUGAGGAUAUAUCGUGCUGCGGCUCGCUCGAAUAUUAUGACAAGACGUACGACCGCGUGAACGUAAAGAGUGAGAAGCCGCUUCAACGAAUCGACCGGAUCUUCCAUACGGUGACUACUACCGAUGACCCUAUUGUCCGCAAACUGUCCAAGACCGAGGGCAACGUUUACGCCACUGAUGCGAUUUUAGCUACUAUAAUGUGCUGUACGCGCAGCAAUUAUUCGUGGGACAUCGUCAUCGAGAAGAUUGGCGACAAGCUGUUCUUCGACAAGCGCGACAACACCGAGUUCGACUUGCUGACCGUGAAUGAGACUAGCGUAGAGCCACCACAAGACGAUGGCAACUCGUUGAAUUCGCCGCGUAAUUUGGCUCUCGAAGCGACCUUCAUCAAUCAUAACUUCUCGCAACAGGUGCUGAAGUCAAAUGAGCCGCGCUACAAGUUCGAGGAGGGCAAUCCAUUCAUCUCUGAGGAAGAGGAGAGCGACGUGGCGAGCGUGGCGUACCGUUAUCGCAAGUGGGACCUCAACAACGGCAUAGUGCUCGUAGCACGUUGCGAACAUGACGCUGUCAUGCAGGGCCCUAACAACGAGAACCAGUUCUUGACAAUCAAGGCUUUAAAUGAGUGGGACUCGAAGCUGGCCAACGGAGUCGAGUGGCGUCAGAAGCUGGACACGCAACGGGGCGCAGUCUUAGCUAACGAGCUGCGCAACAACGCGUGCAAACUCGCCAAGUGGACCGUGCAGGCUUUGUUGGCCGGCUCGGAUCAGCUCAAAUUCGGAUACGUGUCGCGCGCUAUCGUGCGCGACUCCAGCAAACACGUGAUCCUCGGAACUCAGCAGUACAAACCGAACGAGUUUGCGACGCAGAUCAAUCUAAACAUGGACAACGCCUGGGGUAUUCUCAGAUGUAUCAUCGACAUCUGUAUGAAGCAGAAGGAUGGCAAGUACUUGAUCAUGAAGGAUCCGAAUAAGCCCAUGAUCCGGUUAUACGAUAUUCCUGACAAUACGUUUGAGAGCGAGGGCGAGGAGGAUGAGGAUGACGACGAGCCUGUCAAUGACGCGUUCCAGAGUUAACAGCGGCAACAGUAAUUGCAAAAUAUUCGUCGCUAGUCGGUAAUCGCGUUCGAUCGAUACACGGAUUAUUGUAAAAGGCUAACGAGAGUGUGUUGACGUCUUGCGGAAGAAAUAAAUGAGGAAGUUUGAAUACGCUA